GAGAGAGAGAGAGAGAAAUAAAACCUCACCGGGAGCUUCACUUCCAGCAGCAUCUCUGUCUUGAAUCACGGGACGGAUACAACUGCCUCUUCUUCCUCCCCUUUGUCACUCUCUUCGUGUCCGUGGGAAGAGCUGGUCAGAGUUUGCACUCAGCAUUUGUUUUCCUGCGAGGAGCCAAUGUCUCCCCCUCUUUUUCGGUACCGACUCUGAAGAAAUAUCGAAUAGAGAGAGACAGAACUUUUGUGCAGUCGAACUUUUUGCAGCGCUUAGACCGGUUGGGUCUUUGCAACAAAAAUGGGCUUCGUCCUUUCGCCCCGGUGGCUUCUGCCACUUCUAGUGGCGGCUUUAUCCUCGGCUCAAGAGCCCGAACCGGACCAAGACAUCCCAGAAGGAGCAUCCACCUUGGCCUUUGUCUUUGAUGUGACCGGUUCCAUGUACGACGACCUGGUCCAAGUCAUCGAGGGAGCAUCGAAGAUUUUGGAGACGUCCCUUAGCAGAAAACAGAGGCCACUCUACAACUUCGCUCUGGUCCCCUUCCAUGACCCAGAGAUCGGACCGGUCACCAUAACGACGGACCCGAAGAAGUUCCAGGAUGAGCUGAAAGAGCUGUAUGUCCAGGGUGGAGGAGACUGCCCGGAGAUGAGCGUGGGGGCCAUCAAGAUCGCCCUGGAGAUCUCCCUGCCGGGGUCCUACAUUUACGUCUUCACAGACGCCCGAUCAAAAGACUACAAGCUGGCACACGAGGUGCUGCAGCUCAUCCAGCAGAAACAGUCGCAGGUGGUGUUUGUGUUGACAGGAGAUUGUGAUGACCGCUCCCAUAUUGGCUACAGGGUGUAUGAGGAGAUUGCCUCCACCAGCUCAGGACAAGUCUUUCACCUGGACAAGAAGCAAGUCAACGAGGUGUUGAAGUGGGUGGAGGAGGCGGUCCAGUCCUCUAAGGUGCACCUGCUCUCCACGGACCACUCGGGGGCGGAGUCUAACACCUGGCCUCUGCCCUUUGACCCCAGCCUGAAGGAGGUCACUGUAGCCCUCAGCGGCCUUGGCCCCAACAUCGAGAUACGCAACCCUCAGGGGAAACUCAUCGGCAAGAGUGAUGGGCUAACGGAACUGCUGAACAUUCCCAACUCUGCGAAGGUCUUCAACGUCAAAGACCCACAGCCAGGAAUGUGGUCCAUCAAGACUAUGAGCAAAGGUCGUCACUCUGUGCGUAUCUCGGGCCUCAGCACCAUUGACUUCCGGGCUGGCUUCUCCAGGAAGCCCACGCUGGACUUCAAGAUGACCUCCAGCCGACCUGUUCAAGGUAUCCCAACCUACAUCCUGCUCAACACCACGGGCCUGGACAAGCCUGCGCGGCCAGACCGCCUGGACCUGCUGAGCACCACGGGGGCUGUGCUGAAGACGCUGCCCAUCCGCUACUUCCCCUCCCGCCAGCCCUAUGGUAUCUGGAACAUCACCGAGUUUGUGCCGCCCAACGAGGCCUUCUUCCUGCGUGUCACCGGCUACGACCGAGACGGAUUCGUCUUCCAGAGGGUCUCCAGUGUGUCGUUCUCCAGCAUCGUGCCUGACGCCCCGAAGGUGCAGAUGCCCAGCAGGACUCCUGGCUACUACCUGCAGCGUGGUGCCAUUAAGUGUGCGGUGGACUCCCUGAUCCCCUACACCGUGCGCUUCACCAGAGACGGGGCACGCCUUGGGGUUGACCAGCUCUACAAGGAGUCUGGCUCGGCUCUGUAUGAGAUUGAGCAGGUGUCUCUGAAGGAUGAGGGCUACUAUGAGUGUAUUGCCAUCAACAGCGCUGGAACAGGACGGGCACGCACCUUCCUGGACGUAUCUGAGCCUCCUCCGGCAAUCUCGGCCCUCCUCAACUCCACGGCGUCCCCCGGGGGUCGAGCCCUGCUCUCCUGCCACGUGGUCAGCACCGUGCCCUUCAACCUCACCUGGCAACGCGGGGGGGUGGACCUCCUGCACCCCCGCCUGGACCCCCGCGCCCGCCUCACACACAACCUGUCCCUGGAGCUGCUCUCCGUAUCCCCUGACGAUGCUGGCUGGUACACCUGCGUAGCCACCAACGAGGGUGGAGCGUCCACUGCAAGGGUUUACCUUAGUGUGCAAGAGCCCCCCCAGGUGAGUGUGGAGCCCCAGAACCAGACGUUUCAGGCGGGCCAGGAGGUGUGGAUCCGCUGCUCAGCUAAGGGCUUCCCCACACCCACUGUGGUCUGGACACACAACGACAUGUUCAUCAUGGGCUCCAACAGGCUGCGUAUGACUCCAGAUGGUGCUCUGGUCAUCAGGCAGUCUGUCAAGAAGGAUGCUGGAGUCUAUGGAUGCCUGGCCAGCAACGUAGCAGGCACUCACUCACAGACCUCCGUGCUCACCUACAUAGAAUCCCCGACAGUGACGGUGGUGCAGAGUGAGCUCCUGGUUGGUCUGGGGGAGAGGGCGGUGAUGGAGUGUACAGCCACUGGCAUUCCACAGCCUGAGGUGAAAUGGUACAAAGGUGAGUCAGAGCUGCACUCGUCUGCGUUGGUGAGCGUUGACCCAGUGAGGGGGACCCUGAAGGUGCUGCGUGCCCAGGAUGCUGAUGCAGGGGACUACACCUGUGUGGCCCUCAACCCAGCCGGCACCGACCAGGCACACAUCACCCUGGACGUGGGAUCCGCUCCCGAGUUCAUACUGCAGCCGGUGGACGUGGCGGCGGACAUCGGUGGCAACGUGAGCAUGAUGUGCCAGGCGGAGGGGCACCCAGCACCCACCAUCACAUGGCAUCGUGAUGAUGGCAAAGCUCUCUUCUCUCUCCAGCACGAGCACAGCACCAUCACACAGACAGCACAGGGACAUCUCCACAUCAGCGAUCUGUGGGUGGAGGAUGACGGGGUGUACUGGUGCGAGGCCCAGAACCCCUUUGGCAAGAUCCAAACCAUGGCCCAGAUCACUGUCACUGGCCUCGUGCCUCCCCUGAUAGGCCUGAGUCCGGCGGUGGUGAGUGUGGUGGAGGAUCAGCAGUUGACUCUGCCCUGCGUACUACUGGCCGGCAACCCCCUACCAGAGAGACGAUGGAUACACCUCAACGGCCUGGUGCUGUCGGACUCCCAUGUGAGUAUCCGUAAGGAUGGCAGUCUGCAUAUCGAGCGCGUCAGGCUGCAGGACGAGGGGGACUACACCUGCCUGGCAGAGAACGUAGCCGGAUCCAGCAACCACACCACCACCCUCAACGUACACGUCAUGCCAAGCAUUCAGUAUGGCCCUCAGGUCUUCAGCACCAUCGAGGGAAGUCCCAUCUCUUUGCCCUGUGUUGCCAAUGGAGUACCCAGGCCUGACAUCACCUGGUCCAAGCGUGGUGAGCCACUGGAUCUGGAUGGUUCCUUGUUCUCGUUGCGUGAGGACGGUUCCCUCUAUAUCGCAUCUCCGGGAGGCAACGAGACUGGAGAGUUCCUCUGCACCGCUACUAACGCAGCCGGACACGCCUCCAGGAUAGUGCAGCUCACCGUCUACGUGAAGCCCAGGUUGAGUGGUGGUGGUGGCGAUGGAUCAGAGCGGGGAGGUGGAGGAGCGUCCGGGGGUCCCCUGGAGGUGACGGUGAUAGCGGGCAGUGACGCCACCCUCCCCUGCGAGGUGCAGAGUGUCCCCCCUCCCGUCAUCCACUGGUCCAGGGACAGGCAGCUCAUCUCCCCUCACUCCCCACGGCAUAUUCAGCUUCCCUCUGGCUCCCUGAAGGUCCUGGAUACGCGGGUGUCAGACAGCGGCCUCUAUGUGUGUGUGGCCUCCAACAUCGCUGGCAACUUCACACAGACUGUACGACUUAGUGUGCAUGUGCCGCCCAGCAUCCAGGCUGGUCCCCGUCUGAUGAAGGUGCAAGUCGACCACCCGGUGGAGCUGCCCUGCGUGGCCCAGGGGGUACCGGAACCCUCCAUCAGCUGGCUGCGAGAGGGCGCCGCCCUGGAGGUGAGCCGGGGGAACUACAGGCUGUCGGCCGACGGCUCUCUGAAGAUCAGGAAGGUGAGCCUGGAUGACGAGGGCGUCUACACCUGCCGGGCCAGCAACGUCGCCGGGCAGGCCGAGGCCCACAUACAGAUACUGGUGCAAGUGCCCCCGGUGGUGGAGGUGUCAGAGCCUCCCUUCAACAGCCCUCUGCAGGAGCGAGUGGCCAAUCAGCGCAUCGCCUUCCCCUGCCCUGCCAAAGGCACUCCUAAGCCGGUGAUUAAAUGGCUGCGUAACGGUGAGGAGCUGACAGGGGCGGAGCCUGGCGUGUCCAUCGAGGAGGACGGAACGCUGCUGCUGCUGGCGUCUCUCUCCCCAUUGGACAACGGAGAGUAUGUCUGCAAAGCCGUCAACGACGCCGGCUCCACCCAGAAGAAGUACCAGCUCAAGGUCAAUGUGCCCCCGGAUGUUCGAGACAAUGGGUUGCCUAGCAACGUCUCCGUGGUGAUGAACCAGCCCACCAGUCUGGUUUGUGAUGUCACAGGAAGUCCCGCCCCUGUCAUCACAUGGUAUAAGGACGAUGUUCAGGUGUUGCCCAGCAGUAAUGUGCAGAUCGUGCAGCAGGGGAAGGUGCUGCGUCUGCAGAAGGCUGCAGUGGCGGAUGCUGGCCGCUACUCCUGUAAAGCCAUCAACAUAGCCGGCAGCACUGAGAAGGACUUCCACCUGGACGUACUGAUUCCCCCCAGCAUUGUGGGCACCGGUGCGCCGCGGGACGUGUCUGCGGUGUUGAACCAGGAGAUCAGUCUGGAGUGCAGGGCCAAAGGAGAGCCCUUUCCCACUAUCCAGUGGUACAAGGACAGGAAGCUGGUGUUCUUGGGUGACCCCAAUGUGGAGGUUCUAGAGAGAGGUCAGGUGCUGAAGAUCAGGAGUGCUCGUCUGGGAGACCAGGCCCACUACCACUGCACCGUCAGCAACGCCGCCGGCAAGCAGACUAAGGACUUCAACCUCAGCAUAUACGUCCCACCCAGCAUCAAAGGAGGCAACGUGACGUCUGACGUGACCGCCCUGCUGAACACCAUGGUGACACUCGAGUGCGAGGCCCGGGGGGUGCCCCUGCCCGCCAUCACGUGGCUGAAGGGCGGCGAGCCCCUGCUGUCCAGCCGCCAGACGCAGUACGUGGACCGUGGACGGCUGCUGAAGAUCCCCCGCGUACAGGAGGCCGACGCCGGCCGAUACACCUGCAGGGUCACCAGCGUGGCUGGCACGGCCGACAAACAUUACAACCUGGACGUCUAUGUUCCUCCCUCCAUCCUGGGCGGCGGUGACAUCCCGUCGGAGCGCAAGGUAGUGUUAGCCGAGGGCCUGACUCUGGAGUGCGAGGCGGACGGCCACCCGGCUCCGGCCCUGAGCUGGCUCAAAGACGGCGUUCCGGUGCGUGCCACAGACAAGGUCCAGGUGCUGGAGGAUGGCCGCCGCAUGCAGAUCCUCAACGCUAACCCCUCCGAUGCUGGACGCUAUGUUUGCGUAGCAACCAGCGUUGCCGGGGAAACCGAGAUGAAGUAUGACGUCAGUGUGCUAGUGCCACCAGAGAUAGAGGACGCCGAGCAAACAACUGACAAGACUGUUGCCAUUAACAACCUGCUGGAGUUGGAAUGUGACGUCAGUGGAACACCUACUCCUGUUAUAACUUGGCUUAAGGACGGUCAGCCUGUGCGACAGGGGGACAGGGUGCGCAUCAGCAGUGGUGGCAGACGCCUCAUCAUCUCUCGUGCUCAGGUGUCAGACACGGCUCGCUUCCAGUGUGUGGCCAGCAAUGAGGCCGGCGACCAGGAGAGGGAGUUCAAUGUGGCCGUGCAUGUGCCCCCAUCCAUCCGUGCCACUGGGCCUGUGGAGCGUUCUGUGGUCCUCCAGCGUCCCAUCAGCCUCCAGUGCGUCGCCACUGGCAUCCCGCCUCCCACCGUCACCUGGCUCAAAGAUGGCCGCCCUGUGGACGCCACUCAGGAGUACCUGAAGCUGGAGUCAGGUGGUAAGACGCUGGUCAUCACCCAGUCCAGACUAGAGGAUGCUGGGAAGUACACGUGUGUGGCCACCAACCCUGCAGGAGAGGCCCAGCAGCACAUGAGACUACAGGUCCACGAGCCUCCCAACAUCCUAUUCGACGAGGACUCUGUCAAUCACACCGUGGUGGCUGGCUACCCCAUUCAGCUCAAGUGCAAGGUCGCCGGGAAUCCACUUCCAGCGGUGACCUGGUACAAGGAUGGGCGUCCGGUGACCUCAGCGGCCGGCGUGACCUUGUUGAACAGGGGUCAGGUGCUGGAGCUGAGUCGCGCCCAGGUGUCAGACACAGGGGCGUACCGAUGUGUGGCCAUCAGCGUAGCAGGAACCUCUGAGCUCACACACACACUCGAGGUGUAUGUGCCUCCGUCCAUCUCCAGUGAGGGUGGUGUGGUGUCUGUGGUGGUGAAUGAGCCGGUGCGUCUGGAGUGUGAGGCCACAGGCGUGCCCACGCCCACCCUCACCUGGCUCAAAGAUGGCAGCCCCGUUACCAGCCUUGCCCAGGGACUUCAGGUGUUGUCUGCAGGUAAGCUGCUGGCCUUCAGCAGUACUUUAGUGAGUGACGCCGGCCGCUACACCUGUGUGGCUGUCAACGCCGGAGGAGAGACCCAGAAGGACUAUGACCUCAAAGUUUACGUGCCUCCUAACAUCAUGGGGGAGGAGUCGAAUGCCACUGUGUUGCUAGGACGACCAGUGGAGCUACGUUGCCAGAGUGACGCCAUUCCUCCGCCUACUCUCACCUGGCGUAAAGAUGGCCGCCCUCUCUACCGCAGACCAGGCACCACCGUAUCUGAGGAUGGCAGCCUACUUAGGAUCGGCAGUGCUCAGGUGCAGGAUGCGGGCAGGUACACCUGUGAGGCCACGAACGUAGCAGGAAAAACAGAGAAGAACUACAACCUGAACGUGUGGGUGCCUCCCAGUAUCCGUGGCUCUGAGGAGGUGUCUCCUCUGACGGUGAUUGAGGGCAGCCUGAUAUCUUUGGUGUGUGAGUCCAGUGGCAUCCCCCCGCCCAGCCUCACCUGGAAGAAAGAUGGGUCUGAGUUGAAGGCAGAUAAUCGUGUGCGUGUUUUGUCUGGUGGGAGGCAGCUGCAAAUCUCCAGUGCGGAACACUCAGACACGGCCUCCUACAGCUGCCUAGCAACCAACGCCGCUGGCAACGCCAUGAAGGAAUACAGUUUGCAAGUCUAUGUGCGCCCUUCCAUCAGACGCAGCGGGCCGGCCGAGGUGACGGUGACGCGGGGCACGGACGUGACGCUGGAGUGCGAGGCCGAGGGGGUGCCGCGGCCCGCCAUCACCUGGCUGAAGGACGGACGCCCCGUCGCUCACGGGAACGGGGCCCAGGUGCUGAGCGAGGGCCGGCUGCUGCAGAUCCGGGAGGCCCGGGUGUCCGACACGGGGCGCUACACCUGCGUGGCACACAACGUGGCCGGGACCACAGAUACCAAGUUUGAUGUCAACGUGCACGUGCCCCCCAGCAUAGUGGGCCAGACGGUGUCUCCACAGAAUGUGAGUGUGGUGGUGCGUAACCCGGUGGCCCUCACCUGCGAGGCCUCGGGGAUCCCCCUGCCUGCCAUCACCUGGCUGAAGGACGGCCAGCCAAUCAGCUCAUCCAGCGCUGUACGCAUCAUCUCAGGGGGACGGAGUCUGCGUCUGAUGCAUGCUGCCGAGGAGGAUGUGGGGAGGUACACCUGCAUAGUGUCCAACCCUGCUGGAGAGGAGCGCAUGAACUUUGACCUGGAUGUACUUGUUCCUCCCAGCAUAGUGAAGGAGGGCACAGUGGAAGACGUGAAGGUCAAGGACAGGCAGAAUGUCACGCUGGCAUGUGAGGUCACAGGUAACCCAGUACCUGAGAUCACAUGGUUGAAGGAUGGUCUGCCAUUGGUCAGCGACCGGCGUCAUAAGGUGAUGUCACACGGCCGCUUCCUCCAGAUCAUAUCUGCCCAGGUGUCCGACACCGGCAGGUACAGUUGCCUGGCAACCAACAGUGCAGGGGACCGUAGCCGACACUUCAACCUCAAUGUGCUAGUGUCCCCCACCAUCCUGGGCUCUGGUCCGGAGGGCUCUGCGGAGGAGGUGACGGUGACCCUGAGCAGUCCCACAUCUCUGGUGUGCGAGGCCCAGUCCUACCCCCCCGCUAUCAUCACCUGGCUCAAGGACGGACGCCCCUUCCAGUCAGGACGCAACGUACGAGUGCUGCCAGGUGGGAGAACACUGCAGAUCCUGAGGGCUCAAGAGGAGGAUGCGGGCCGAUACACGUGUGUCGCCACCAACGAAGCCGGAGAGACGCUCAAGAACUACGAGGUCAAAGUUUUCUUGCCGCCUGUGAUCAGCAAGAAUGACGUGCCUGGGGAGGGCCUGGCCCCCAAGGAGGUGAAGAUCAAAGUCAACAACACACUGACGCUGGAGUGCGAAGCACAGGCCAUCCCCACCCCCACGCUGCUCUGGUACAAGGAUGGACAGAUCCUGAGGGCUGAUGACCACAUCAGCAUCUCUGCUAACGGCCGUGUGGUGCGUAUUAAGGAGGCCCAGGUGUCUGAUACUGGACGCUACACCUGCGUGGCCAGCAACCUGGCUGGAGAGGACGAGAAGGACUUUGAUGUAAAUAUACAAGUGCCCCCUACCUUCAAGCAGGGUAAUGGGGGUAUAGGGGGUGUGGGUGUGGAGGCUAAAGAUGUGAUCCUGAAUAACCCCAUCUCCCUCUACUGUGAGACCAAUGCCGUGCCCCCUCCCACACUCACCUGGUACAGGGACGGCCAGCCUCUCACCUCCAAUGACAAAGUGCUGAUCCUGCCUGGUGGGCGUGUGCUGCAGAUCCCGCGUGCCCAGGCAGAGGAUGCUGGGAGAUACACCUGCGUGGCCGUCAACGAGGCGGGAGAGGACUCCAUCCAGUAUGACCUCAGAGUACUGCUGCCCCCCAGCAUCCGUGGCUCCGAUUCAGACGUGCCAGAGGAGAAGACGGUGCUGGUCAACAAGACCACCCAGCUGGAGUGUCUCGUGGACGGCAGCCCCGCCCCCCAGAUCAGCUGGCUCAAGGACAACCAGCCAAUCACAGAGGGCGCAACGCACCGCAUCCUGGCCAAUGGCCGCACACUACAGGUGAUCAAUGCCCAGGUGACUGACACAGGACGCUAUGUGUGUGUCGCUGAGAAUGUUGCUGGCAGCACAGAGAAAUCCUUUAACCUGAAUGUACAUGUGCCUCCCUCCAUAGUGGGUGUGAACCCGGAGAAUGUGACGGUGGUGCUGAAUAACUUUGUGUCUCUGAGCUGCGAGGCCACCGGCUUCCCCCCACCCACACUCAGCUGGAUGAAGGACCGCAGAGCCGUGCUGGCCAACACCAACGCUCUCAUCAUGCCAGGAGGUCGUACGCUGCAGAUCCUGCGUGUGAAGAUGUCUGAUGGGGGCAAGUACAGCUGCGUGGCCAUCAACCCCGCAGGCGAGGCCCAGAAACUCAUACACCUCACGGUCUACGUGCCCCCCAGUAUCAGGGACAGCAGUGGGGACUCGCCCGUGUCGGUGAGUGUGCGUGUGGGGAACUCUGUGACGUUGGAGUGCGAGUCCAACGCCGUGCCGCCACCCACCAUCACCUGGUACAAGAACGGCCGCGCCGUGGCAGAGACGGCCAACCUACGCAUCCUCGCCGACGGCCAGAGACUGGAGCUCAAGGGGGCUGAGGUAUCAGACACAGGCCAGUAUGUGUGUAAGGCAUCCAACGUGGCAGGACAGGUGGACAAAAACUUCCACCUCAACAUCUAUGUGCCCCCCAGUAUAGAGGGUCCUGCGGUGGAGCGUGUGGUGGAGACCAUCAGUAACCCCGUCACCUUCUCCUGUGACGCCUCAGGCAUCCCCCCACCCAGCCUCACCUGGCUCAAGAACGGACGGCCCAUAGAGAACUCUGACUCCCUGGAGAUGCACAUUGUGUCGGGGGGCAGCAGGCUGCAGAUAGCCCGCUCCCAGCUGUCCGACUCGGGCGCCUACACCUGCCUGGCCUCCAACCUGGAGGGGAAAGCACGCAAGACCUACCACCUCACCAUACAAGUGCCUCCCAGCAUCGCAGGCUCUGACCUGCCCAGUGAGGUGGGUGUGCUGCUGAAUGACAGUGUUCAGCUGGUCUGCAGAGCACUGGGCACCCCUCCACCCAUCGUCCAGUGGCUCAAAGAAGGAAAGACACUGACCAGGGAAGACCUGAAGAACAUCAGGAUGAGCUCAGACAACAGCACCUUGACAGUGAGUAGAGCUCAGCCCUCUGACGGGGGUAAAUACACGUGUGUGGCCACCAACAAGGCAGGAGAAGAGGACCGCAUCUUCAACCUCAACGUUUACGUUCCUCCUGUGAUCCAGGAUAACUCUGGUUCCCCGGUGGACCUGACUGCGGUGCUGGACAGCUCUGUGAGUGUGGAGUGUGUGGCUGUGGGCUCCCCUCCUCCGCAGCUCAACUGGCUGAAGAACGGACUGCCCCUCCCCGUCUCCUCACACACGCGCCUGCUCUCCGCUGGACAGGUGCUACGCAUUGCUCGUGCCCAGGUGUCAGACGGUGGCAGUUACACCUGUGUAGCAUCCAACAGGGCUGGUGUGGACAACAAGCACUUCAACCUGCAGGUGUACGUCCCGCCCACCCUGGAGGGUGCGGGCAGUGUGGAGGACAUCACGGUGGUGGCGGGUAGUCAGGUGACGCUGGCCUGUGUGGCCGACGGCACACCUCCGCCCACGCUCAAGUGGCAGAGGGAGGGGUAUACAGUGCAGCGAGACGGACAGCUCAGCCUGCCCAAUCAGGGCUCCACGCUGUUCAUCCGCAGCGCCAACGUCACCCACACGGGGCGCUACACCUGCACGGCGUCCAAUCAGGCGGGAGAGGCCAGUCGACACUACAACCUCAAAGUGCUGGCCCCUCCUCAGAUCCGCGGUGGUGGUGUCGGGGGUGCUCCUACGGAGGUGUCGGUGGUGGUGAGCCGUGUGCUGGAGCUGGAGUGUGAGGCUGACGGGGUGCCCCCUCCCACCAUCACCUGGAUGAAGGACGGGCGCCCCCUACCUGUCACCGAUGGAGUACGCCUGCUCCGGGGAGGAGAGGUGCUCAGGGUGGCCUCUGCCCAGGUAGAGGACACUGGCCGCUACACUUGCCUGGCCACCAGCCCGGCUGGAGACGACGACAGAGAGUUCCUGGUCAGAGUCCAUGUGCCCCCCAACAUCGCUGGAGAGAACACGCCUCAGAACGUGUCCGUGCUGCAGAACAGACAGGUGACACUGGAGUGUAAGUCGGAUGCUGUUCCUCCACCCACCCUCACCUGGCUCAAGGAUGGUGCACCCCUGCAGGUGACUCCACGCGUGCGUAUCCUGUCUGGAGGUCGCUACCUGCAGAUCAACAACGCUAACCUGCCAGAUGCUGCCCAGUACACCUGUGUGGCCAGCAACGUAGCUGGAGAGACACGACGCCAGUUCACUCUGGCAGUCAACGUGGCUCCCACCAUAAAGUCUGGUCCUGAGUCGGUGUCGGUGCAUGUGGACCAGGACGUGUCUCUGGAGUGUGAAGUGAGUGGAGUGCCGAUCCCUCGCAUCACCUGGAGGAAGCAUGGAGCCAUCCUGGCCAACAACAACCCCAGGUACACAUUUGGAGAAGAUGGCUCUCUGCACAUCAGCUCUGCUCAGGUGACAGAUACGGGGCGGUACCUGUGCAUGGCCACCAACCAGGCUGGCACCCAGCGCAGGAGAGUGGACCUGCAGGUUUACGUUCCACCAACCAUUGCUCAGACGUCCCGCAGUAACAUAACGGUGACUGUGAAUGUCCAGACCACUCUGUCAUGCGAGGCCACGGGCAUCCCCAAACCCACUGUCUCCUGGACACGCAACGGACGCCCACUACACACCGACCACAACCAGAACAUGUACAGGCUGUUGUCAUCAGGGUCUCUGGUCGUCAUAGCGCCCACAGUGGAGGACACGGGGGUGUACGAGUGCACAGUGACCAACGAGGCCGGACAGGACAACAGGACCAUCACACUCACUGUACAAGUUCCUCCCUCCAUUGCGGAUGAGGCCACAGAGCUGGUGGUGAAUAGACUGUCCCCGGUGGUGAUUGGCUGUACUGCGUCUGGCGUGCCUGAACCCAGCGUACACUGGACCAAAGAUGGCCUUCGCCUGGCAAACAGCGGGCAGGGCUACAAGAUCCUGCCAUCUGGUCCUCUCCAGAUCUCCUCUGCUGAGCUGAGCCACUCAGGUCGCUACUCCUGCAUCGCCCGCAAUGCCGCAGGCUCCGCCCACCGCCACGUACACCUGAGUGUGCAGGAGCCCCCAGUGAUCCAGAUGCACCCCGCCUCUCUGGAUGUGAUCCUGAACAACCCCAUCACUCUGCCCUGCAAGGCGGUGGGCACCCCUCGGCCCUCCAUCAGCUGGCAGAAAGAGGGCAUCAACAUCCUCACCACAGGAGGUGGAUUCUCAGUGCUGCCUAGUGGUGGGCUGCAGAUAUCAAGGGCAAGGGCAGAGGACACGGGCACAUACAUGUGUGUGGCACAGAACCCAGCUGGCACUGCCCUGGGCAAGACCAAACUCAGAGUACAGGUCCCCCCUGUCAUCAGCUCGGACAGUAAGAGGUACACGGUGGCCAUGGACACGUCUGUGACGCUACAGUGCCAGGCGGACGGGCAACCGGCGCCCACCGUCAGCUGGCACCGGGACGGGCAGCCCGUGGAGGAGGAGUCCCUACGCGUGCGGGUGCUGAGCUCCGGGGCCCUGCAUGUGGCCUUCGCCCAGCCCGGAGACACGGGCAAAUACACCUGCAGCGCUGCCAACGUGGCGGGCACCGCCAGCCUGGACAUGAGCCUCACCGUGCAGAUCCCUCCAUCCAUCCGUGAGGAGGAUCAUGAGCGGUGGGUGGUGGAGCACUCCCCAGUGCACCUGGCGUGCGUGGCGGAGGGGGUGCCGCAGCCCAGCCUGGUGUGGGAGAAGGACGGAGCUCCCCUGGGGGACGGCAGUGGAGAGUACACCAUCCUGCCCUCUGGGGAACUGGCCAUCGACUCAGCUCAGCCAGAGGAUGCUGGUAGCUACACCUGCAUUGCCACUAACUCGGUGGGCCAGGACAGCCAGACGGUGACCCUGGCGGUGCACACCCACCCGGAGUUCACCGAGCUGCUGGGAGACGUCUCGCUCAACAAGGGAGAGCGCCUCCUGCUGGUCUGUGGAGCUACUGGCAUCCCCCCGCCCAAAAUCUCCUGGACCUUCAACAACAACAUCAUCCCAGCCCAACUGGAGCAUGUGAAUGGCCACAGUGAGCUGGUGAUAGAGCGUGUGAGUAAGGACGACUCUGGUACUUACUCCUGCGUAGCGGAGAACGCUGUGGGAUCCAUCAAGUCUCUGGGCUUUGUCUACGUCAAAGAGCCGCCCAUCAUUGAUGGAGACCUUCACUCCAACCGCAUCGAGCCCCUGGGGGGCAAUGCCAUCCUGAACUGUGAGGUGCGUGGCGACCCCCUGCCCACCAUCCAGUGGAGCAAGAAGGGCGUCAACAUCCCCAUCUCCAACCGCAUUCGCCAGCUGCACAACGGCUCGCUCGCCAUCUACGGCACCGUGAGUGAGGAUGCAGGCAGUUACAUGUGUGUGGCCACCAACGAUGCAGGAGUGGUAGAGAGGAGUGUCACCCUCACACUGCAGAGCGCUCCCACCAUUACUCUGGAGCCCGUGGAGACGGUGGUGGAUGCGGGCAGCACUGUGCUCCUCAACUGCCAGGCCGCUGGAGAGCCCGUGCCCGUCAUCAGCUGGUCCCGCCUCGGACGGCCCCUGUUGGCCAAUCAGCGUUUCACGCAGCUCACCAAUGGCUCACUGCGAUUGGCCAGUGCUCAGAAGGAGGACACGGCGGAGUACGAGUGUGUGGCGCGCAACCUGAUGGGCUCCGUCCUGGUCAGGGUGCCCCUGACUGUGAGGGUGCAUGGAGGCUUCUCUGAGUGGAUGGAGUGGGGUCCCUGCAGUGUGUCCUGUGGAGAGGGGGUGCAGCACAGGCUGAGGCAGUGUAAUAACCCCCUGCCAGCCAAUGGUGGGCGCCACUGCGUAGGCAGCGACACAGACACGCGCACCUGCCAUGGCAAACCCUGCCCAGUGGAUGGAGGCUGGUCGGAGUGGUCUCCGUGGGAGGAGUGUUCGCGUACGUGCGGCCAGGGCAACAGGACGCGGGUGCGUACGUGUAGCGAUCCCCCAGCCCAGCACGGGGGCCGAGCCUGCGAGGGGAAGGCAGUGGAGGCCAUCAUCUGCAGCAUCAGACCCUGCCCUGUGGCUGGUAACUGGGGGGCCUGGCUGCCGUGGGGGCCGUGCAGUGAGACGUGUGGUAAGGGCACUCAGACCCGCGUGCGCCUGUGCAACAACCCCCCUCCUGCCUUCGAUGGGCCGCCCUGUGACGGACCUGACACCCAGACUCAGCUCUGCAAGGAGAGACCCUGUCCAGUGGACGGGAAGUGGUCACCAUGGGUGAGCUGGGGGGCGUGUAGUGUUUCCUGUGGGGGCGGUACCAAGCAGAGGACACGCCUCUGUGCUAGCCCCGCCCCUCAGCAUGGAGGACGGCAGUGUGAGGGCAAUGACGUUCACAUUGACUUCUGCAACAGCGAACCCUGUCCAAUCCAUGGUAACUGGGGUCCGUGGGGUGGCUGGGGCUCGUGUAGUCGUUCCUGUAACGGGGGUCAGAUGCGUCGGCACCGCAGCUGUGAUAAUCCCCGACCCGUCAACGGGGGGCGCACCUGCGCUGGCUCAGACACACAGACCCAGCGCUGCGGCACAACCAGCUGCCCAGUGGAUGGUAAUUGGGGUCCGUGGCAGGCAUGGGGGGAGUGUUCAGCCUCCUGUGGUGGGGGGGAGCGGACGAGGAGGCGGCUCUGUAACAACCCCUCGCCUAGCAACAAGGGCCGCCCAUGCCCAGGAGACUCCACUCAGCUCUCCAGAUGUAACGGCCAAGCAUGUCCAGGCGGUCCCCAAAGGGCUAGAGGCAGCAUCAUUGGGAACAUCAACGAUGUGGAGUUUGGCAUUGCCAUCCUGAAUGCCACCAUCUCAGACAACAAGGCAGGACCCCGCACCAUACAGGCCACCAUCACUAACGUCCCACGCAGCCUGGGCCCUGCGAUGAGGAAGUUGAUCUCGCUGCUGAACCCCAUCUACUGGACGACGGCUCAGGAGGUGGGAGAAGCCGUGAAUGGAUACACGCUCACCGACGCCAUCUUCAGACGAGAGACACAGGUGGAGUUUGCCACAGGUGAGAUCCUGCGGAUGACUCAUGUGGCUCGUGGGCUGGACUCAGACGGAGCGUUGCUUUUGGACAUCGUGGUGAACGGACACAUCCUGCAGCUGCCCUCAAAUGCUGACAUCAGCCUAAAGGACUAUUCUGAGGACUACAUCCAGACGGGUGCGGGCCAGCUGUAUGCCCAGUCCACGCGCAUGUUCAGCAUCGACGGCGUGAGCGUGCCCUACUCCUGGAACCACACCAUCAGCUACGAGGCCACACGGGGACGCAUGCCCUACCUGGUGGAGACCCUACACGCUACGGCCAUCGCCGCUCAAUACCACCCACUGGAGGAGGUGCUGGAGUACACCAUCCAGGCCAGCAUCGCCAAGGGCGACCGUAGCAACCAGUGUCCAAGCGGGUUCCGUCUGGACCCUACUGGCCCAUACUGCUCAGAUGAGGAUGAGUGUACGGAAGGCAACCCCUGUUCACACACAUGCCACAAUGCCAUUGGCACCUACUACUGCUCCUGUCCCAGAGGACUCACCAUAUCCGCAGAUGGACGCACAUGCCAAGACAUAGACGAGUGUGCACUUGGGGGCCACAUGUGCCACAGCGGGCAGGAGUGUGAGAACACGAUUGGCUCUUACCGCUGUGUGAUGCGCUGUGGUCGUGGCUUCAGGAGGACGGCUGAUGGUCUGAGCUGUACUGAUGUGAAUGAGUGUCAGGAGGCCAACCCAUGCCACCAGCACUGCCUCAACACCAUCGGCAGCUUCCGCUGUGCCUGCGAGCCGGGAUACCAGCUCAGGAACCGACGCUGCGUUGACAUAAACGAGUGCAGGCAGCGGGUGUGUCGCUCGGACCAGCAGUGCAAGAACACCCGCGGCGGGUACACCUGCAUCGACCUGUGCCCAGCGGGCAUGACCAAGGGUGGCAAUGGCACCUGCGUUGAUGUGGACGAGUGCAGAGACGGUACACACCAGUGCAGGUACAACCAGGUGUGUGAGAACACACGCGGCAGCUACCACUGCACCUGCCCACGCGGAUACCGCUCCCAGGGCGUGGGACGACCCUGUCUGGACAUUAAUGAGUGCGAGGCCGUGCCCGCGCCCUGUGCCCACCGCUGCGUCAACACCCCCGGCGCCUUCCACUGCACCUGCCCGCCGGGCCAGCACCUCCUGGGCGACGGCAAAUCGUGCGCGGGACUGGAGCGGCUGCCCAGCUACCAGAGCCUCACCUACGGGUACCAGGGCUGGCAGGGCUCACCGCGGCGCCGCUACCACAGCCUGGCAGCGCAGACCUUCGACUCUUACCCACGUUCGGGAGUGGCGGCAGGGGCAGGGGAAGGGGCUGGGGCAGCCUCCUCCUCCUCCUCCGUUUCUUCCUCGCGCGUGCGCAUACGCAGACACACCUCUGGAGAUGUGCCCUCAUAUCUGGCCCUUGCCCUCCGUCCUCCCCUGAGGCAUGCCUGCCCCCCAGGGUUGAAGCUGGGCCCGGACGGCUGUAUAGACAUAAAUGAGUGUGAGCAGCGUGACACGUGUCAGCACGAGUGUGUGAACACUCCUGGCAGCCACAAGUGUCUGUGUCCCAACGGAUACCGCCUCAUGACCAACGGCAAGACUUGCCAGGACAUAGAUGAGUGCCUUGAACAGAAUAUCCAGUGUGGGGCCAACAGGAUGUGUUUCAACAUGAGGGGUAGCUACCAGUGCAUAGACACCCCCUGCCCACCCAACUACCAGAGAGAUGCAGCUACAGGGUUCUGUCUGAAGAACUGCCCGCCCAACGACCUGGAAUGCGCCCUGAGCCCCUACGCGCUGGAGUACAAGCUGCUCUCUUUGCCGUUCGGCAUCGCAGCCAACCAGGACCUGAUCCGGCUGGUGGCGUAUACGCAGGAGGGCGUGCUGCACCCGCGCACCACCUUCCAGGCGCUGGAGGAGCAGGACGAGCAGAUGCCCUUCGCGCUGCGCGACGAGGGCCUGAAGGGGGUGUUGUUCACCACGCGGCCGCUCCGCCAGCCGCACACCUACCGCAUGAAGGUGCGGGCUCUCUCCUAUGGCACGGACGGCAACAUUGACUACCACACCACCUUCAUCGUCUACAUCGCAGUGUCGGCCUAUCCCUACUAAACCAAAAAGACUUUUACAGCACUUUACAAUUACUAUGACGGGAGGACAGCGAGAGGGAGAGAGAGAAAAGGAUGAGAGAAUGGACAUGGUGAUCAGCUUUCCCUUCUCUUCUUGCAAGAGAUUUGGGUUGAGUACAUUUGUUGUGAAUGGAUGUGUGUGUGUAUGUAUGAACGUGAAUGUGUCCAUGUCUGCGUGUGUGUGCGUGCUUGUGUGUGUGUUUAUGUUUUACAAUUUUGUUGGACAUCCGCCACUUGAAGACAAGUAAAAACAGAAAACCUGAAUCCGAAGACCCCUGUUGGGAGAGUGCUGUACGGAUAAAUGGCGCCACAACGCCCUCUGUGGGUUUGGAGGUCUUUGUUCUACGCCUCCAUUCCAGGGGUCCAACUCAAUAUAGCACCUCCAUCUCCUCUCCUUUUGCUUGUGGCCUACUGAUGUGAGGCAAGACAUGAUGGACAAUAGAAGUUUUAGUCCAUAUCUCCUAAGGGCAGUUAAAAGGUCAUUUUCUCUCUUGCAUUUGUAACUGAAGUCAGCCUGCUCUAGUUCACUGCUCGGGCAUGGGAGGCUCAGCACUAUACCGCUGAUCUAAAGGUCCAGACCAUAGCUCAGUGCUAACGAAACUGUUUGAGGCUUGUGGACAGAGGUUUUACUAACGUUCUACACCGAACUCUGCUAUUUAGCAGCCGUUACACAAUCAGGAUGUUGAAUGGGGACAAGCCCCCCCAAAAGUUGCUGACGACGGUGAAACUUUGUUUUCUCCAUGGAGGUGGAGAGUCAGCAAAGCACAAGGCCACAAGCCAAAGGAGAGGACGGGAGGUUAGAUUUUGAGUUGUGCCCCAGGCCUCACAUGUGGAGCUUCAAGGGAGGAGGAAGUCGACAGCAGUACCAGCAGUACAUGGCGUACUCAGACAGCCUUCAACUGCAAGCGGAGGUGGAUAUACGGAACACACACGCAACCAAAUGGCUACGUCUACCUUUUAACUUAUUAAUAUGUGCUUGAAAACAGAUUGGGAUGGCAUUGGGGUGGACAUUGCUCAGGAUCAUGUCAAGUUUACCGUCGGCAAGAGACGCUAUGUAUUGGCUAAACUUGGGGCUGAGUUUUUAGUACCUGGUAUGACAAUUACGGGAAGUUCACAACGUAUGAGAAUCAUUCAGAGUUCCCCAGCUCAUUUACCAUAGGCCAAUGAAGCCCUUUCAGUUUGAAUGUGUAGAACAACUUACGCCUUCAUGGGAGUGAACUACCUUAGUUUUGUCGUUUGAAACUGUAAGAGACAUGACAAAAACAUCCGAUCAGGUUUGGGUUACCCCUUUCUCCCCAACCUCAAGUCAGAACCCGCACCCUCAUGGAUCCUAGAACCACCACUACCAUCUCUCUCUUUAUGUGUAUGCCUAUUCAGACUGUAUCCCUAUUGCAUUCAGCCUCACUCCACUUUUCCCAUUCUCAUAGCGCCACAGACGUCAAAACAGUCACUCAGUACCUAAGAUGUAUUCUAUUUUGAAUAUUUGUAUAUAAGUGUUUUUUUUAUUAUUAAUUCUGUGAUAUGGCUCUAUACUGUAUUGUAUUGUAUUAUUCAUGUCUUUUGUAAAAAACGAAAUAAUAAAUGUACAACACAAGUUUGUGUGUGCGUGUGUGAGAGAGAGAGAGAGACAGACAGAGAGAGAGA